GAAUCUCUCUGUUUCUCUGAAAUUUCGAGCAACACCCAAUAUUCCAUGGGGUCUAUACUCGGUAAUUGGCCUUCAUACGACCCUCAUAACUUCAGUCAGCUCCGACCUUCCGAUCCUUCUAGUCCCUCUAAAAUGGCACCUGCUACUUACCAUCCGACUCACAGCAGGACCCUUCCGCCACCUGAUCAAGUGAUAACUACUGAAGCAAAAAACAUCCUUCUAAGACAUAUUUACCAGCACGCGGAGGAGAAGUUGAAACCAAAACGAGCGGCAUCAGAUAAUCUUUCACCAGAGCAUGGAUGCAAGCAACCGAGGUUUUCUACCUGAUCAUUCACACUGAGCAACCUUUCAUGCAAGCUACAUUGUUAAAUAUGUAAUGCCGGUAUGCACAGAACGAGUUUUGCAUGUUUUUUGUUUGUAAACUACCAAGCCUCGUGCGCGCGCGCGCGCGCUUGGAAUAUGUAAUUUGAAAGAGGGUCUUGUAAGUCGUAAUGAACAUGGCAUAUAGUGUGAAUGAAAUGAUUGCGUAUGCUUUCUGCGGAAUAUCUUCUGCAUUAUUUUGCCCUCGGCGGUCGCCCAGUCCACAUAAAAAUGAUAGAAAGAUGAAGGGACACAUUAUGUUCAGGAUAAUACAGAAUGCAUCCAUGAUUUGGCUGAUC